AGGCAAGUUUUGAAUUUGAUUGGCCUUGGCGAGUCAUUGCAUCUCCAACGUCCGUUUCCGCUCAUUUUCACAACUGGAAUUCCUUUUCCUUUUACCUUUUUCGGGUUUGUGGGCAGAUCCCGAUCUUCCAUGGGGACCAACGCAGGAGCUGAAAUGGCGGAAACAGCAUAAAGAGAUAUAUCUCCCGCACCAGGCGUCGACCCAGAAGCCAAAACACCCGUCCCCGAAAAACCCAGAGAGGCUCUGCACGGAGAGAGGGAGAGGAGGAGAGGAGAGAUGGUGGCGGUGGCGCCGGCGCCGGCGGAGGAUCAAGAAGAGGGGGUGAUGGCGACGGACUUCUUCUGGUCCUACACCGACGAGCCCCACGCUUCGCGGCGGCGGCAGAUCCUCUCGCAGUACCCUCAGAUCAAGCAGCUCUUCGGCCCCGACCCCUGGGCCUUCCACAAGAUUACUGUCGCAGUGCUGCUACAGCUAGGAACGGCUACUUUGCUCCAUGAUGCGGGCUGGCUAAAGAUUCUGGUUAUUUCCUAUUUCUUUGGCUCUUUCCUCAACCACAAUCUCUUUCUGGCCAUCCAUGAACUCAGCCACAAUCUCGCCUUCUCAACUCCGGUAUACAACCGCUGGCUUGGCAUAUUCGCUAAUCUCCCCAUUGGUGUUCCCAUGUCUGUAACCUUCCAAAAGUAUCACCUGGAGCACCAUCGCUACCAGGGAGUUGAUGGGAUAGAUAUGGACGUUCCGAGCCUUGCUGAAGCCUAUCUUGUGAGAAAUGCUUUCACGAAAUCCAUAUGGGUAGUCUUACAACUCUUCUUCUAUGCUCUGCGGCCUCUGUUUCUCAAGCCAAAACCUCCUGGUAUUUGGGAGUUCAUCAAUUUAGUCAUUCAGAUAGCCCUCGAUGUAUCCAUGGUUUAUUACUGGGGUUGGAAGUCUUUUGCUUAUUUGAUCCUUUCUACAUUUGUCGGGGGUGGAAUGCACCCAAUGGCCGGUCACUUCAUCUCGGAACACUAUGUUUUCAAGCCAGACCAAGAGACAUAUUCCUACUAUGGUCCCCUGAAUCUUAUGACGUGGAGCGUGGGAUACCACAAUGAGCACCAUGAUUUCCCUAGGAUUCCAGGAAGCAAACUUCAUAAGGUGAAGGAGAUUGCACCGGAGUAUUACGAGGGGCUCGAUGCAUAUAAAUCUUGGAGCCAGGUCAUUUACAUGUAUAUAAUGGACUGCACUGUGGGGCCUUUCAGCCGAAUGAAGAGGAAACCAUCGGCGACUUCCAAGAAAUCCGAAUAGAACUCUUACCAAACAACACCAAGCAAAGAUUAACAAAGAAGCUGUUCUUAUCUCUGUCAAUUUGUUGAUUCAUGGCUUCUGCGCCAAAUCCUUAUCAAAUUAUCAACUACUAUGACUAAAAGGUAUAGAAAAGCUCAAGCCGCAAAAGCUCCCUCAAGGGUCGGGAGAAAUGCUAUUGAAUCACAGCGAUCUGCUAAGAGCUUUCGUAAGUAUAUUGUAAUUUGGAGCUUUAAACAAGGGUUCCUGAUUCAAAGUGAUUUGUUGCUUUUUAAAUUCAAGGGCAACCCCACAUCGUUGAUUAGUCAGCA